UUAUUAUAUGUACCUAGUUUAUAAUAAAAAUAAGUGUGUUUUUGUUAAAAUGUCGAAGCUUAAAACAGUGUCGUAUGAGGAAGCCCUCACCUUAACAGGGUUCGGAAAGUUCAACUUGUUGACUUUCCUGCUGGCCAGCAGUAUAGUGAUGAGCAUGGCCUUCGAGAUGCUGUCCGUAGCAUACCUGGUGCCUGCCAGUGCUUGCGAGCUGCUCACCACUAGCACGGACCAGGGCCUGAUGGCUGCAGUACCACUUAUAGGAAUAAUACUGACGUCCUACUUCUGGGGUUACAUGGGGGACACGCGAGGGAGGAAGAAGGUGCUGUGCAUCUGCAUGACGACCAGUUCCAUCGCCAGCAUCCUGGCUGCCUUCUCUCCGGACUGGAUCACUUUCAGCGUGUUGAAGUUUAUAUCUUCAGGCUCAGUUUCAGGAGCUCUGGCGUUAGCGCUGACGCUACUGAGCGAAUGCACGCCGGCAGCUAAACGGUCAAUCCUGAUUAUGCUUACUUCUUCUUUCUUCCUCGGCUCCACUGGUAUCAUGGCCAUCGUAGCCAUCCCAGUGCUUCCUUUGAAGUUCCACUAUUACGUCCCAUUCCUCAACAUCCAGUUUAACUCAUGGCGUACUCUGAGUCUGAUCUUCAGUACGCCGUGUGUCUUGAGUGCGAUCGGUCUAUUAUUCUUGUGCGAGAGUCCAAAGUACCUUCUGAGCGUGGGCAAGGAUGAGAAGGCUUUGAAGAUUAUGAGAACUAUAUUCAGCAUUAAUAAUAAUAAAAGCCGUGACGACUACCCGGUGAAGUGUCUAGUUUUGGAUGAGCUGACUGCAUCACAUGCUCCCAAAGGCUUCUUCUCAUCGGUUGCCUCACAAACAAUUCCGUUAUUCAAGCCUCCAUUGCUGAAAAACACUGUUUUGCUUUGUGCCAUGAUGAUCAUCGUUUUGUUAUGCAUGCAACCGUACCUGGUGUGGUUUCCGUAUUUGAUAAAUGGAUUCAUGACAUCCGUGCAGAGGGGUGAAGAAAGCUUAACAAUCUGUCAAAGGCUGAGGGCGUCCCAAAAUAUGACGGAAACCACGGUGAACGAUUGUUCCAUAAACGAGUUUGCUUUGUCGAUGUUAAGCGGAAUGGGAUUCCUGCUGGCCGUCAUUAAUACUGUCCUGAGCUUUUUGAUCAACUACUUCGGGAGGAGGCGCUUGAUAAUCAUCGUUCAGUUCAUAGCUGGCAUCGGCGGCAUCUGCCUCAACUCCAGCAAGUUGUGGCAACUCAGUGGACUCCUGUUAUUCGUGUUCAUCGCCGGGAUCCUCAACUUCGGCAUGGUCACCACGGUCAGCGUUGAUCUCUUCCCCACUCAUGUUAAAGCAAUGGCAGUAUCCCUCACGAUGAUGAUAGGUCGUGUGAGUGCAGUCGUAGGCAUCAACAUUCUGAAGUUAUUGCUGGAGGUCAAUUGCGAAGCCUCAUUCUACAUGUUCGGCGCCGUUACAUUACUUGGCGUAGCUGUUAGCUUCUUACUUCCAAAGGAUCGGAAGCCUUCAUCGCGAAAUUGUACUGAGACUUGAGAUUACUUUAAGUUUGAAAACAGUGAUAAAUAUGAAGAUCAAUAUUUGUGUUUAUUAGUGCGUCUGCGAAGGACAUCAAAGGUCGAAUAGAGAGUGC